CCCCCGUCCCCGUCCCGCAUCCCGCGGCCCGGAGCGCACGAGAAUGGCGGCCGCCUCCGACCUGCUCGCGACGCAAGAACAUUUCAAAACCAACGGCCGCACCAAGGAGUUCUCGGCGCACACGGCCAAGGUUCACUCGGUGGCCUGGAGCUGCGAUGGCCGCAGGCUCGCGUCCGGCUCCUUCGACAAGACGGCCAGCGUCUUCGUGCUGGACAAAGACCGGCUGGUUAAGGAGAAUAACUAUCGUGGUCAUGGUGAUAGCGUAGACCAACUCUGCUGGCACCCUACCAACGCAGACCUUUUUGUGACUGCUUCUGGAGAUAAAACUGUUCGAAUCUGGGAUGUCAGAACUACAAAAUGUGUUGCUACAGUCAACACCAAAGGUGAGAAUAUUAACAUUUGUUGGAGUCCCGAUGGACAAACGAUCGCUGUAGGAAAUAAGGACGAUGUGGUGACUUUUAUUGAUGCAAAAUCACACCGGUCGAGGGCUGAGGAACAGUUUAAGUUUGAAGUGAAUGAAAUAUCUUGGAACAAUGACAAUGACAUGUUUUUCCUAACCAAUGGCAAUGGCUGCAUCAACUUACUCAGUUAUCCAGAAUUGAAACCUAUUCAGUCAAUCAAUGCACAUCCUUCGAACUGCAUUUGCAUUAAAUUUGAUCCAACUGGCAAAUAUUUUGCAACGGGGAGUGCAGAUGCACUGGUCAGCCUUUGGAGUGUGGAUGAACUUGUGUGUGUAAGGUGUUUUUCCAGACUUGACUGGCCUGUAAGAACGUUAAGCUUCAGCCAUGAUGGGAAAAUGCUGGCAUCAGCUUCUGAGGAUCACUUCAUCGACAUUGCAGAAGUAGAGACUGGCGAGAAGCUAUGGGAGGUGCAGUGUGACUCGCCUACUUUCACUGUUGCAUGGCAUCCAAAGCGACCACUCUUGGCUUUUGCUUGUGAUGACAAAGACGGCAAGUAUGAUAACAGUCGGGAAGCUGGAACUGUUAAACUCUUUGGACUCCCUAAUGAUUUGUAAUACAAUACUCCUGAGCUUCAGUGCAGCUGCUCAACAGUGUACAGAGUGAAGCAUGCAAAUACUACAUUUGCUUUGGACUUCAUUGGCUUCACUUUUGAAUGAAACUUUAUGGAAAAACUUUUUUUAAACUUUGAUAUGAGUGUAUUUUGAAUUUGAAUGCCGAUAACAUAGUUCACCACAAUGUGGAAAUGUACUGUUCAUGAAUUUCCCUGGACAAAUUUGGUAUUAAUAAAGCCUUUUGUAAUUAA